CCCAGGCCGGGGUGUGGCGCCGGGGCCGGCGCGAACAGGGGAGCGGCGCGUGGAGCGGCGUCCGGCCCGCAGAACCCAAGGUCCCUAUGGCCCCGGCUCCACAGGAGGGAGCAGACCCCCACCUGGGGCCAGGCGGAAUGGGCCCCCGGGGCAGGCGGGGCCCUGCAUCCCUGCUGGCCACGGCCCCUGGCCCCUGCCUGUUGCUGCUGUUCUGUGUGCCCCUGAGUGCCGGCUGCCCGCAGAGCUGCCAGUGCCCGGAGCAUGCGGGCGCCCUGGCCGUGCACUGUAGCGCUCGGGGGCUGCAGGAGAUCCCUCGGGACAUCCCGGCCGAGGCCGUGCUGCUCAAGCUGGAUGCCAACAGGAUCUCGCAUGUCCCCAACGGGGCCUUCCAGCACCUGCAGCAGCUGCGGGAGCUGGACCUGUCGCAGAACGCCAUCGAGACCAUCGGGCCAGCUGCCUUCUCGGGCCUCGCCGGAGGCCUGCGGCUGCUGGACCUGUCGCACAACCGCAUCCGCAGGGUCCCCAAGGACGCCCUGGGCAAGCUCAGUGCCAGGAUCCGGCUGUCGCACAACCCUCUGCACUGCGAGUGUGCCCUGCAGCAGGCCCUGUGGGAGCUGAAGCUGGACCCCGACUCGGUGCACGACAUCGCCUGCCACACCUCAGUGCAGGAGGAGUUCGUGGGCAAGCCGCUCAUCCAGGCGCUGGACGCUGGGGUCAGCUUCUGCGGUGUCCACCACAAGACCACCGACGUGGCCAUGCUGGUGACCAUGUUUGGCUGGUUCGCCAUGGUCAUCACCUACAUCGUAUACUACGUGCGACACAACCAGGAGGACACCAGGCGGCACCUGGAGUACCUCAAGUCGCUGCCCAGCGCACCCAGCCCCAGGGAGCCCGGCGGCCCGGGGCCCUAG